CAGUGUCCCUAACAGGGGAUCUGUAAAUCUGGCGGGACGUCCUGAGCACCGCCCCGUGAAAAAGAUCUCUGCCGAUCACUUGAACGCUGGCAGAGACGCGUUGAACACUCAGCUAGACAGAUAUAGCAGCAGCUGGAGAAACAGCGUGUUACUCUCCUCUAUCUACCGCUCUGUGAGGUGCUGCGAGGCCGCAUACAGCCAAAAUGGAGAUUUCAGUUGAAGAUGAGAGCAGCAGCUCAUCACCCAACUUUGCGUACAAGGCCGCUCACCAGGCGUUCAGGGAUCGCUGGAAAGAGACAGACGACACCAUGUGUCGCCACAGCAUGUCCUUCCACCUGCACCACACGCUGAGGAGCGAAUUCUUUGCCAGCUACCUGUACCUGCUGGAGAAGCUUCCUGUGGUGAAGCUGUUUCCAGUCACCUGUGAGUACAUCAAGGGAGAGAAACAGUUCUACUACAGAGCUCAGCAGUUCUAUGAGGACGUCCCCGCCUCGGAGGAGGGCAUGAUGGGAGAUUUUGUGGAGAUAAGCAAUGUUGAUCUGGAGGGUUCCCGGCAGUUUCUGAAGAGGUUUGUGGGUCCGGGUAAGGCCGGUACACACUGUGCCCUGGACUGUGGCUGCGGGAUCGGCCGUGUGACCAAAGGCGUCCUCCUUCCUGUGUUUGAGAAAAUGGAGAUGGCGGACAUGAUGGAGCACUUUCUGCUCCACGCACACGAGGAGUACCUUGGUGACGACGCCGACCGCAUUGAGACUUACUACUGCUACAACCUGCAGGACUUCACACCUCCAAAAAACAAGUACGACGUCAUCUGGAUGCAGUGGGUGGCGUGCCACCUAACAGACAAGGACCUGAUGAACUUCCUGAUUCGCAGUAAGAAGAGUCUGCGUCCAAACGGGGUCAUCAUAAUAAAGGACAAUAUGGCGCGGCAGGGCUGCAAGCUGGACCCCAUCGACAGCAGCAUCAGCCGCCACCUGGACAUCAUGAAGAGCAUCAUCGCCAAGGCCGGCCUGGAGGUCCUGGCUGUUGAGAGGCAGGAAGGCUUCCCUGAGAUCAUCAUGCCUGUCUGGAUGAUUGCUAUGAAAUAGAAAUGACAUUCAUGUAAAAUGAUUCAGAUUGUUGUUGCUCCAUUUGACACGAACUAAGAGGAAAAUCCAACCUGAAGCUGAAUUCACAUGUUAUUCCACUUUGUGAUCAAGUCUCUGAAAACUACAACGACACUGACAGAAAUCUUCCCGAUGUCAUCAGGAGAUAAAUCCUGAAACAGCGGUGUGGACGGUGUGAUGGCAGUUUUAUGGAGCCAGGAGUUCUUUUUCUGCUCAGCCCAGAAAUGAAAUAAAGCUAUUCGAGGACAUUAAACUUCUACAGAGGCACUCUGUAUGUACACAAAGCCAGACUGUAAUUUACUGUCAGCCGACCACUUCCAGGGGUUUGUAUCUUGAUGAUGACAUCAAAGACCCUCAGUUCUCUGCAGUGUAACCGUGGGAGAACCACGAGGCUCACUGGAAAAACAUGUGCAUUCAGAUUUACUGUUUGGUUUCUCCUCUGAGUGAAUGUUUUGUAUCUGUUUUUGACUAAAUCCAGCAUGUUGCAGCACAAGUACAACAUAUCAACAACAAUAAUGUAUCAUGUUAGAUUUGUUUUAAAAACUAUAUUGCUUUAUAUUUUUGAACAUGAUUAGCAUGCAAUCUGUAUCUGGAUAAUGACAUCUGAUCACAGGCCUUUGCAUUUACACAUGGCAUUAAUAAGCGUUUUUGUUAUCUUGAUUCUGCCUGCAGUGUGAUCAGAUCUCAGUAUGCAAGUUAGGCAGGAGGACCUGGUGGACCUGUCAACAAACAUGCACCGUGCAUCCCAGCUCACGGGCAGCAAAGCCAGGGGCACGUGACAGACGGAGACAGUUGAAGACAUCCGUUUGCAAGGAAGAAGAAUGCCUGGAAUGACGGGUUUGCUUUAAGCAGCCCACUGCAUUAAUGUUUCGCCCGCUGGCUCCACCUGCAUGUUCCCAUAGACUUUACACUGGGGCGAUGUCACGCAAAUAAAAUCACUUUUCUAGGCUCUGGGAAAGUUUUACAAAUAUAAAACUUCAAAAUUCACAAUACAAAGAUUAAUAAUUGACCUUGUUUGCAGUUUGAGGUGUACUGCCAAAGGUUCUACAGUUUGUCUUUUAGAAUGGAAGUCUGUGGGGAAAAUGUUUUUUGGAUUUUUUGGUUGCAAUGCUGCGAGUGGCCACUGGGACAAAUUGGCAGCGAGUGGCUGCUCUCUUACAUCCAUGGUGUAUAGGCUCUACUUAUUUUUCCUUUGCAGAGGAAGAGCUCAUCUGUAGCUUUUGACAGGCAGCUCGAGGG